AUGGCAGAUUACGAGCAACAAGACCAAGACGGUCAAGAGCAAUCAACACGCCGUGGAGGCUUCCAACAAUAUCCACAGCGCUCAAACGCGUCCAGUAACUGGCGUAUGAAAGAUGACGCUCCUCGAGCAGAAAUCCAACCACGACAAAACAGAGGCGGUUACGGAGCACCAAGAGGUGGUGGCUAUGGGCAAGCUCGAGAAUCUAGCGACACUCGACUCUACGUGGGCAACCUUCUCUAUUCUGCCAAACGAGAUGAUAUCGCACAAUUCUUCAACGAAAAUGGUUUCAACGUCGCCAAUAUCAGCAUGAGCGUAGAUCCUAUGACUGGUCGCAACCCUUCGUAUUGCUUUGUUGACUUUGAAAGCGCCGAUGAUGCAUCACGUGCUAUGAACGAACUCAAUGGAAGAGAUGUUCUAGGACGAACUGUCAGAAUUAAUCCUGGUGUCGCAAAGAGAUCAGAUGGGCAAGGACAACAAGGAGGUUCGUUCAAUAGAGGCUUUGGAUCAGGACCAAGAGAUGGUGGCCCACAAGGUUUUGGGUCUGCACCACGAGAUGGCUCGCAAGGCUACAACCGCUACAACCGUAACGAGUCUCAAGGUCAAUACGGUGGCUACAAUCGUGAUAACCAAGAAAGUCAAGGACAAUCAAAGCGACUUUACAUCGGCAACCUUCCUGCAAUCGAGUCACCAGAACAAGUUGAAACAACGAUUCACAGUCUACUUGAUCCCUUGGGCGUCGAAGUUACCAAGAUCAGCAACCUCAUCGCACCACACGAGAGCAAACAAGAUCUUCCAGGUGAUCAUCACUUCCUGUUUGUCGAUGUCUCACGAUCAGAGGAUGUCGAUGCUGCCAUUGAGGCACUCGACGGCAAAGCUACACCUUGGAGUGCCGAGAGCACGCUGAGAGUCAAUAGAGCUCGAGAACAGGCAAACCGACGAAAUCAGAUGGGACAAGGUGGUUAUCAAGGUGGCUUCCAAGGCGGAUUUCAAGGUCGAAGGACUGAAGGUCAGCGAGACUGGCGAACCAUGAGACAAGAGGCAGAGCAGCAGAGCUGA